CAAUGGAGAAGUUUGCCCUGAACGUGGACUUACAGGCUGCUCAGCCUGUAAGGCUGCAUCCCGCCUCCUCGAUCACAGCCAAUCAAAUAACAGCAUAGCCAAAAGCCCCGACCAUGGCGCUAAACCCCACCCCCUCGACCAAAACCAAUGAAAUAACAGAAUCGUUAAAAAGCUCCGCCCACAAGCACAACCAGUGAGAGACGAAAUCACGAAGCCGCGCUGGGAUUCAAACUUUCAGUCUGGACAGUAACUGCUGCUGAUGAUGCUCCUGCUGCAUGUUCGGAAGAACUAUCCGGCCUGUGAGAAAUUCUGCACCAUCCUCUCCUCCACCUAAAGAAUCUGCCCCAAUGACCCGCCGGCGCAAAAGACCCUGCCCCACCUUACUACUUCCCUCAAAAAAGCCCUCUAACCCUUUACAGUCUUCUACCAAAGCCAAGAUUUUAACACACACUCCCACCUUAGCAUCUUCCUCAGCUGUCACUUUACCACCAGCACCUACCCCAGCACCAUCCUCUCCUCCACCUUCACAAUCUGCCCCAAUUACCCGCAGCCGCAAAAGAGCCUGCCACCCCUUAGUUCUUCCCUCAAAAAAGCCCCCCAAUCCUGUACAGUCUUCUACUGCAGCCAAGAUAUUAACACAAGCACCCACCUUAACAUCUUCCUCAGCCAUCACUUUACCACCAGCACCAUCCUCAGCCAUCACUUCACCACCAGCACCAUCCUCAGCCAUCACUUCACCACCAGCACCAUUCACAGCCAUCACUUCACCACCAGCACCUACCCCAGCACCAUCCUCAGCCAUCACUUCACCACCAGCACCAUCCUCAGCCAUCACUUCACCACCAGCACCAUCCUCAGCCAUCACUUCACCACCAGCACCAUUCACAGCCAUCACUUCACCACCAGCACCGACCCCAGCACCAUACUCAACCAUCACUUCACCACCAGCACCAUUCACAGCCAUCACUUCACCACCAGCACCUACCCCAGCACCAACCCCAGCACCAUCCUCAACCAUCACUUCACCACCAGCACCAUCCUCAGCCAUCACUUCACCACCAGCACCUACCCCAGCACCAUCCUCAGCCAUCACUUCACCACCAGCACCAUUCACAGCCAUCACUGCACCACCAGCACCUACCCCAGCACCAUCCUCAGCCAUCACUUCACCACCAGCACCAUCCUCAGCCAUCACUUCACCACCAGCACCUACCCCAGCACCAUCCUCAGCCAUCACUUCACCACCAGCACCAUCCUCAGCCAUCACUUCACCACCAGCACCUACCCCAGCAAUAAGACCCACUGAAGAAAUAGCAUCCACAUCUGGACCUAAUAACAUAAGCACUCCCCAUAGCCCAACCCUUUGCAGCAAUGCCUGUCCAUCUGAGAUCCUCUUUAAAGAGGUAGAGGCCAUCUUACCUCUUGGAUUUGGGCAUCGUAAAAAGAGAUAUUCAGUGACUGUAGAGGAGCUGAAAAGGAGAGUUGGGCCACCAGAGGGCAUGUCCCUUGCAUCUUGUGUGGCGUACCUGAGGAUGGACAAAAACAAAAAAGCUAGUCUCAAGACAGAACUGGACAAUGUAGGGGUCUGUCCAAGGCCAGUUACAACACUGACCUCCAUGUGCAGCAAGCUGACAGAGGGGGAGGUAGUUGAUCUGAGCCAAAGCCUUAGUCACCUUGUGGCAACACAAGUACCUUUCAGUAAGGUGAAGUUAUUAGAGGAACGAGACACCGAUGUGGCCCUUGGUCACCUGGCAUUAUUCAAGUAAGAGUCUGUUUUAAUUUCAAAUUUAGAAUUUGUUUAAAAUUAUAUUAUAAAAGUAACACCACACCUUUUCCUAAACAGUUAUAUCUGAUGUCCAGAUAAAAAAAUACUGUA